CUGAGGUCCCGGUUCCCACGGCCCCCCCGCGCCGCGCCAUCUCCGCCCGGCCGCGCGCGCCCGCCGCCGGGGGGUCAGGGCCGCCGGUGUUAGGGCGCAGAUCGCCGCCAGUGCCCGCGGCGGCUCGGCCCCCGGCUGCGGGCGGUGAAGCGGAGGAGGGAAAGGGAAACCGGGGGGGAGAAGGGCAGGGCCCCGCCCGAGAGCGCCGUGCGCCUGGCUGACCAGCUCCCUGUGCGGUCUGCAGCGCGCCCGCCCGCCGGGCCCGGGUCUCCGCGCGCACCCUCCGCGCCCCGCACCCGCGGUCGCCAGCGGCUCGCCCCCGAGGGCCAGGGGUUUCCUGCACGCCCGAUCUACGGCUCAGGGCGCCGCUCUCGCCCCCGAAACGGGCCAGAGCAGCCGAGCGCCUGGGAUUCUCCUAGGGGUUUGGAAAAGCAGCUGUGAUUUCACUACCGAAGGAAAAAAUGGAAACGGGAACUUGACGCCCGCGCAACCUGGCCGCGCCCCAGCCCUCGCUCGUACGCGCUCUCCGGGGGCCGAAGGCUUCGGGGAGCUAGCUUAGGCGGGUUCCUACCCCCGCCCGUCCCCUGCCGCCCUGGCCACCCCGUGCUGCGUCUCCCGCCCCGGCUCUAGACGCCUGGCCUGCUGGGGAGAGAGCGGAGCCGUGCGGACCACACAACUCGGAGGUCUUCCUUUCGUCUUUUCAGUUUCGCAAUGUGGGUCCUGCCACCACGACGGCCCCGGCGGCGGGGCUUGGACGCGGCCCGAGCGCUAUGUACAGCGUAGAAGACCUCCUGAUCUCCCACGGCUACAAGCUGUCCAGAGAGCUGCCGGCGCCGCGCAAGGAUGAUGGCGAGGGGCGCCAGGCCGUGAAGACCCGGGCGCCGGCGGGCCCCGGCCUGCUGAACGGGUGUGACGAUGGCCCUGCCGCCUCCCCACGCGGCCAGGCCUCGCUGGGGACCGGCCGCCUAAGCGAGCCCGACAGCCGCGGCCGCGGGCCUCGGGGCCUCGGGGAGCCCCCGAGCGCUGCUGCCGCUGUGCGGAUUUCCGAGGCUGGGCUCCGCCAGCAGCCCCCGGCCAGCCGCAGCCAUACCUACCGGAGGAGGGAGCAAGAAGCCCGCGAGGAGCCGGCCCGGGCCCCCAGCCCGCCCGCGCAAGCCACCCAGGGGCCCCGGGAGGCUGGCGGAAGGAGCGAGGACGUGAUGAGGAAGGCACUUUGCGAGGAAGGGCUGGGACUGGCGGGUCCCGCCAGAUGGCAGAGCGUCCGCGUCGGAGGCCAGGCCCAGCCACGGAACCCAGGGGGGCAGAUGCCGGCUGGCGUCGGGGAGAAGCUGUUCCAAGACCUGUACCCGUGUGUGCUCGGAGGCCACGGCUUGACCUCCGAGAAAUCCCAUUCGCUGCCGAGGGUUCUUUCCCCCGAGAGCCUGAGCUGCGUGGAGAUUCCCAUCCCUUUGAGCGACGGGCACUUUCCAGGUGUCCCUCAAGUGGCAUUCCAGCCUUCAUUCGGUACUCGCGAUUCGGAAGCCACCAGGAACCCCGAGAAGGGCGGCUCCUCGGCCCCCUUACCCCGGCCUCGGUUUGGGAGACCCCUCAAGCCUCCAUCUUACGGCUCCCACCAACACUGCAGGGCCGGCGCGGAAAACGGCAGCUACGCGGACAGCCGGCAGCCGGACUCGGCUGCCGCCCCCUCGGCCAAGGCGAACGACGCCGCCAGGCAGGAGCCGUGCGCGCCUGACCCCGGCCUGGAGCCCCCGGUGUACGUGCCUCCGCCCUCCUACCGGUCGCCGCUGCAGGCCGCCGCACCCGCCUGCCCGGGGGAGGCCCGAGGGCGGAGGCCCGAGGGCGGAGGCCGCCACGCGCAGCAGCACCCGGUGGAGAAGGCUGCAGCCGGCGGCCAGCCCCCUUCGAGCCCCCGGGGAGCCGGGGAGGAGCUGGGGCCCAGCCCGUGCUCUCCUGUCGGGGUCCUCCCGCAGCCCCGCCCCGCCACGGCUUGUGACGGCUCUGUCCUGUACAUCCCCUUCGACGACCCACGGAUACGACACAUUAGACUCGCCCGACCCCACGGGUUCUGGGAAGACGUGAAGCUGGACGGCCCUGUCCCUGCCACGGAGCCGGCGCCUGGAAGCCUGCAUCGGGAGGCUGUCGUUCGGGGCCCCUCGGGGAACGAGAGCUGGCUGUGGGACCGGCUCCCCGGGGGUGGAGAAGAUGGUGGCUUUGCUGAGCACAGAGACGCUUGCGUCGUCACUCGGAGUCAGCGGCUGGACGUGCACGCAGAAAGCCUCGUCUCCUCCCCGAGCCCCCAGGGCGAGAGUACCUGUGAGAUACAAACCCAGCUCAGAAAGUUCGAAGCUGGGCUGCAGACCAAGAAAAGUUCAAAGAAAAAAAUGAGCGAGACGAUAUUUUGUUUGGUUUCCAUCCCAGUUAAGUCAGAAUCACAUCUGCCAGCUACAGAUACGAACAACAAUGACUUAAAACAGAAAGUGGAUGAAAGGCCUGGGCCCGAGAAGAGCGCGGCUCUGCAGGAGCAGAGUCUGCUGAGUUUGUCCUCCACCGACCUGGAGCUGCAGGCGCUCAUGGGCGGCAUGACCGGGAGGACGGAGCUCCAGAAAUCAGACCCGGGGAGCCCCGGAGGAGACCAGCCAACAGACGACCCCAGGUUCCCACACCCUGUGAAACACCGAGCGCUCGCGUGUCCUGGCUUGUGGCCCGGGCAGCAGUACAGAGACCAGCAAACGCAGACCAGCUUCACCCAGGAAUCCCAAAGCCCGCGGCCCCUCCCUGGGGAGAUGUGGGGAGGGUCCCCCGACACCGCGCUGCCUCCAAGAUGUUUGGACGCCUUCGAGGUUCAGAUGCACGUGGCGUUGGCGUCCAGUGACCAGAACCAGAGGCCCGGGGCUCCUUCCCCGAAAGGCCAAGGGGGGCCCCUGAGCCCGUGCGGCGGCGGCACCAUCUCAGGGUCUUCCUCGCCCAGGAGCCAGGCCCCCACACCAAGGGCUGGCCCGGGUGAGCCACGCGUGGACGGCCGUGUCCACGGAGGCAGCCCGGUGCCCAGGGCCGAAGUCGUCAAGGGGGCGACCACAGGCCCCUGCAACAGCAGACAGCCGUUUGGGCAGUUCCUCCUGAAGCCCGUCAGCCGCCGCCCCUGGGACCUGAUCAGCCAGUUGGAAAGUUUCAACAAGGAGCUUCAGGAGGAGGAAGGGGGCCGGGACGGCGGCAGCGGCCGCGAGGACAGUGAGACAGAGCCGCCCUGGGGAGGCCGCAGCCAGCCCGUGUCCACACGCGCAGGCCUCCCGGAGGGCCGGGCACCCGAGGACCCGGGGCCCAGGCCGGGGAGCGUCAAGAGCAAGCCCGAGAGCUGGGCCGAGGAGGCGAGGCCUUGGGCCCCCGGGCCCCGGCAGGCAGACGGCAGCGGGCGCGCCGCAGGGCCGUCGCCCCCCGGGAGCCGGAUGGCGGAGGGGCGGGACCGGGAGGUCGAGGCCGGGGCGCCCGAGCCGGCCGUCAGCCCGAGGCCUGUGAGACGAGCCGCGUCUUCCGGGCCGAGCGAUGCCGCAGCAGGGCCGCCCGAUGCAGCGGAACCGAGGGCGCCCCCGCCGAGUCGGGAGCCCAGUGCUGCGGAGCUGAGCGCAGCCAGCGCGCCCAAGGCGGGCGGUGGGGGGCGGGGGCCCACGGGGGCCCCCCUGUCCGUGGCUGGCAAAGCCCGAGGCCUGUCGGCGCCAGACUUGAGGUCUGUGGGGCUAACGCCGGGGCAGGAGCAGAGCGCCGGCCAGUUAGCGGGGUCUCCGGGGGAAGUCAGUGCACUAGAAAUCCCCCCAAACGAGUCCCUGCAAGCCAGGGCCGCCAGGAUCCUGGGCAUUGAGGUGGCCGUGGAGUCCCUGCUGCCAGGCGCCCGGAGGACGGGGCGGAGUCAAGACCCCGAGCCUGAGGGAGGCGCCCGCGGGCUUGAGGCCCGCAGGCGGGACGCAGCGGCCGGCCCAGCCCGGCGGUGUGACCCCGCCGCGUCCGCCGACGCCUUCUACAGCAGGAGGAGGUGUGGCUGGACCCAAAGCCCUCUGUUUGUGGGAGAAGUGGGCAGCGCCCGGCAGGCUCCCCAGCCCUCCGAGCCCGCCGGCGUGGACGGGGCCGUCCCCAGCAAGGCCCCCGAGCCUCAGCCCAGCCCCCAGGAGUGCCGGCCCUUCCAUCCCAAGGACGUGGGGACAAAGCCACCCUUCAGGUCCACCUUGUUCCAUUUUAUAGAAAGGACCCCAAAUUUGACAGCCUCCGAAAAGAGGCUCCGAAGCACGUCCAAAGUGAUUGAAAGUUUACAGGAGAAACUGGCGUCCCCCCCGCGGAGGGCAGACCCCGACCGCCUGAUGAGGAUGAAGGAGGUGAGCUCUGUGUCUCGGUUGAGGCUCCUGACCUCGCGGGGCGCGGACUCUGCGGAGGAGGCCGAGGACCUGAAGGCCGAGAGGGGUCCCGGGGCUCUGAGCGCCAGGCACAAGCUCUCUGACCCCAAGGGUGCCCCCCCGCUGGAAGAAGACGGGCAUCCGACAGCACAAAGGGAGGAGAACGGCGCUCAGGACUUCUGGUGCCCAGAUUCGUACGACCCUAGCAGAGUGGAGAGGGUGUGAUGACGCGCCAGUGGAGUGCGGGGCUGUCAUCUGCUAACAGAGUGAUCUCCGAGGUGGCCUCAGCCCCGCCGCCUGGGAGGAAGCUGGGACCCUCGCUGUGACAUCCUGUCCCCACGGCCGCCAGGAAACUCAUCAGCCGUAGAGAGUCACUCUGUGGAAGUAAAGCAGUAGUCGGUUGAAACCAUCUGUUUUUAUGGCACGAAGAGUUAAUACCUGUAUUUAGAAAAGAGUCACAAAGACCCUCCUUAAUGAUGGAUUUAGCCAAGCUGGUAAAGAAUUUGGUGUUUAUCUGGCUGUAUGUGAAAACUCAAAUGUGGAUGAUAUAAUGAAUGAUUUUUUAAAAGGACCGUGAAUGUCGUAAGUCCCCCUUCGCUUCCCCGUGGCCUGCGGUCCACGCUCGUGUCACAGAGUCUGGGAUGCAGGCCACUGCUAGUGUGUCAGCACUUUCAGUUCUGGGGAAAUGUGAACGCAUAUGUAUGAUCCAUUUCUCAUCAGUCUGGCCUUCUGCUGAAGUCACUUUACGUAUAAGUAACUUGCCAUCAGAGAAUAAAGCUGUAGCUUUUAAGUUCCCGAAAGAUUCAAACUUGUACCAUAAUGAACUAAGAGUGUUAUUUAUCUGGCAAUGAGAUGCUUUGAUCGUUUGCAAACAUGAUGUUGUCUGCUUUGCACUCAGUAUUAUCUAUUUUUAUUUCCUGUAUGGAUGUUUAGAAAUUCUUUAUAUGAAAAAUAAUUGCUGGUUUAAAAUAGACCAUUUUAACAAAGUAACUAUAUUUCUUUUUACAAAAACGCUAUUUUUCUAUGAUGUAAACAAUUGUUAGGUGGCAGAUUUUUAAGGAAAUUUAUUGUAUUUAAGACUCUGUAUCCCUUUGUGUGAGAGGAACCCAAAGAGGGUUCACAUUUGCUUUAAAGCAUAUAGCCCUUACCCAUUCACAACUCUGCUACUUUUAGUUUAUCUUAGAAAGAGAUGUCAAUAUAGGCAUUUUUCAGGGUUAAUAAAAUUAACUUUUCACAAAGAUUUUUUUACAAAGAGAGCUGUACGGUUAUAUUUGAAAAUAACCCUCUUAAAACCAGCCGACAUCCUUACGACAAAUUUUUGCUGCCACAGCCACUAGAAUUACCAAAAAACUUAGUUUCAGCUUUGUACGUCCGUGGGGAUCUGCCCUGAGACCACCCCUCCCCUCCUCCCACCCCGCCCCUUUAAAGAAAUAUGUAUUUUUACUGAGAAUCAUCCUUAAUCAGUGUCUGCAUAGUUUUCAAAAGUGCUAGAGACGUUGUAUGUAUGCCAUUACAAAAGUAUUACGAGGCCUAUGUAUUCUACUGUUUACUAUUGCAUUAACCUGCGCAAAGUUUAUGCAUUUUUUAUGCGUUUGUCCCUUCUUUCUAAGUCGGGCGUUCUUGGGAGCUAACAUUUCCUGAAUGGUUUCUUGCCUCCUCCCUCCCUCCUUUUCCUCUCCUUUUUUUUUUUUUCUUUUUCUUUCUUCUUUCCUUCUCUCUCUCUCUCUUUUUAAACCACCUUAUCUAUUUUUAGGCAUUUCAAAUUCCUAAAAUGUGAACUAUUGGGUGGUCUGCAGUUUGGCCCUAAAACAACUCUGGGCUUUCAUGGCCUGUUUUUAUCUGUACCUUAUGAUUUUAUUUCAUCAGAACUUCAUGUAUUUGGAUGGUAAUAAACAACACAGAAUCCAAGCAGUUCUGAAAAGUCUUUUCAAACACAUUUCCCCGCAGCCUUGGUUCUUACCUGUUACUCCUAGUUACUCCUUUCCAGAUUUUGGUUCCUGUGAAAUUAGAGGAUUCUCUGCUUCUCACAACACACGGGGACGAUGGGCCAGGCCUCUGCCAGGAAUGGCUGGAACUGUUUUUCCCAGGAAAGAUGUCGUGGGGAAGAGGCCGCUUUACUGUGCUGUAGUUGGUGAACCACGGGGGUCAUCUGGUAGCACUCAGUGAGGGCGGCUCCUGGGGGCCCUCGUGGGUGUGCAUUCCUGUUAAGUGCAGAUGAAGGAGGGCAUGUGUGUAUAUACGUAUGCAUAUAGACACAUACGUGUAUCAUCCACGUACAUACAUCUUAACGGUUCCGACUUCCCCUUACAUUUUGUUGGUCCCAUCUAACACUUCUUUUAACCCAGAGACUCCAAUUACAGCUUAUUCCUCGAGAGAAAGAGAAGGACCAUAAAGGGAAGAAAUUACCGAACCUUAUGUAUAUCGCAAACCAACCAAACUGCGACCCUCUUCCUUUCUUCUAAAUUGUUGUAUCACAGCACUCUAAAAGCGUUCUGAAAAUGUGGCGGAAAUUAUCAAUAUUUAUACUUCUCACCUUAAUUCCUGGAUUCCAGCCUGUACAUAAGUCUUGCAGGGGUGGGGAGGUGUGGGGAUGGUAACUUUGAAAAUGUGGCUUUUAAACUUGCGUAUUCUGAGGUAAAUAAUACAGUCUCUAAUCAAAAAGAGCUUUUCCAGGGCUUUUGGAGUUCAGCUGAUUAUGCUUUUAUUAUUUCUGUUUCUUAUACACACACAACCCUCCGUUAUCAUUUGUGGCUGGAAAAGAAGUUUUCAUAUUUUGUGUUUGUCUUUCUUUUUCUCAUUCGGAUGACUUACUAUUAGUGUUUAAUAAUUGGUGGCUUAUAAAAUUAAAAGUUCUCAUUUUGGCUAUUUGGACUAAAAGAAUUAUAUGAGGAAUCACAUUUGAAAUGUAUUUGUAUUUCUCGAUUUGCAAAAGAAGGGGACUAUGUUAAUAUAGCUGUAAUUACCUUUCUUUGAAGAAAAUUUCUGAAUGAUUGAAAACCAAAUAUCUUUAGUAUUGUUUUGAACCUUCCGUUUCUGCAGACCACAGGAAACACCUAAGGAUGCACAGCCCCUGAUGGCAUCUUCAGAAUCCUUUUCCACGUUGUACGUGAACUCUUUGGGUUCCUUUUUUAAAACUCCCUUAAAAAUGUAUGUGCUCUCUGAGAUCCUGGCUUCCUUCUGAGAGUUGUAGGUUGAGGUUUGAUUCAUGUGGAAAUUCUCAGUAGAUCUUUCUUUUUCCACGUGACUGUUGGUGAAGGGCUGUCUGUCGUUAAUGGAAGUCCGAGUGUUUGAACUCAAAUGACUCUGAAACUAGACACCGACCGCUUUUUCCAGCAGUGAAAUGACCUGCUCUGAUAGCACCUUGGUUUAGGCCUUCUGGGGAAAAGUGAUGAACCUGAUCCUCUGUUGACACGACUCCUUCCCAGCUCUGAGCAGAAAGGGCUGAUGGAAGAUAAGAUCAACCCACCAUCUCAUCCGUGACCCUCCAAGAUCUUGUUUGUGUGGUUUGGCUAUUCUUUUGUUUAAAAUGACUAAAUUAUACACAAUUCAAUGUCAGGUGAACAUCUCCUAGUAACUGACCAGCACAGCAGAAUCCCUCUCUGAAGAUCUGGGCUUAGAGACUUGUACGCAGUUACUUUACUGCUGGGACUGUCGUUGUUCGCCCAGGUCCGUGUGCGCGCAGGAGACGGUGCCCCAGGGAUGGAGUGAAGGGUGGGAGUGUGUUUCUUAAGCUGAAGCUAUUGCAGGCCUGGGGGGUUUUUGCAUUUUCUUCUUAUUUUGUUUUGAACUGCAGAUUCUGUACAUCUGUGUGUGGGAGGAGACUUGCUUCUCAGGACAGGAUUUAAGAGACAGAUUCCAAGUGACCUUUAAGAGUCUGCCUGGUGGGAGGUCCUUUGCCAGGAACGUGGGUUGGUCCACUUGGGGACCCGCCGAGCCAAGACGGGGGAGAUGAUAAAACAACACGAAAGAUAGAAUGGUCCCCCAGCCUGCAUGUUUUAUUUUAAAAAGAAAAAAGGGGUGUGGGGAGUGGUGAAGACUCUAAUUCAGCCUCUGGAAAAGGUGGACGGGGCCCAGCUCACAGCUCCCCGGGAGAGCCUCGGGUCCGCGGGCGGCGAGGGAAGGGGCCGAGCGCCUGCAGAGCCCCGCCCGUGGCUGCUGAGGGCCCCAUCACGGUGGUGUUCACUGCACAGGGCAGGGAGGUCCUUGUUCUGUGGUCUCUAAUCAGCGACUGGACUUGAACCUCCGGCAAGUCCAGGUCGUCGAGCGAUUCGUCCCAGGGCCUUGACUGGGGGGUGAAGGGAGCCCUCCGCUCGAGAUGAGCCCGCUCCAGGGGGCAGCCAGGCCGCUGGGCGGCCCACACCCCGUCUCCGGCCCCUCACCCCACGCACAGCAGGGCCAGUGUCGGGGGGACCGAGGGAGACAGAAGGCCAGUCCAAGUCCAGGUGCGUUCGGCAGGGAAGCCAGAGCAGCCGGGGGAGAUGCGUCGCCUGCGCGCGAUGCAAGUCAGCCCGGCGCCCGGCCUGCGCGAAGCUACGCCGAAGCUCUCAAGUCACAAAGCGGGACAGACAAACGCAGGGGAUUUGGUGAAGGCGGCGCCCCGUAAUCCCAUCAUUUCUUUGGGCACCGGUAUAACGUAUUAACACAGUAAGGCGGGGAGAGAGGGCCCCAGGAAAAGACGCAGCAGGUCACGGCCGAUUCCCAGCCGCGGUCGUGGCCCCCAUCAGGCUGCCCCCGAGACCCUGACUGGGGAGCGGUGAAGCGGGGGAGACGAGUGGCCCCAGCAGAGCUCAGCUGACUGCCUUCAAGGGGCUCUUCUUGUGUUUCUCCGCACGAUGUAAAUACUGGCUAUUUCGGGAUGGUUGACCCGCUAGGUGACACGUAUUCCAAAUAAAGACUUCGCUUGAAAAUA